UUGUCUGAGGUUUCGAGCCCUCUGUCCAGAGUGCAAGGAGGUCAUCCUGAAAGAAGAGAUAAAGGAGCACCAAGAGAAUGGACACAAGCAGAGCAAGAGGCAGGGACUGGGGAACUUAAUGUCCAUGGUUGCAGAGCUAGUACCAAGACGGCCCUAGGAUAGCCGGACAGGAUAGGCAGCACCUGGGGUUGUCAAGACCGAGUAUGAGAGCCAAGUUUGCAUUCAACCACCGAUCAAGCCAGCCGUGCCCCCAGGGUAGGAGAUCCGGACUUCUCCAGGGACUGGGAGAAAGGUCCAGUGCAGUCUGUGUCUACAAAGCAUGAAGAAACAUCUGCUAGAAGCUCAUGAGGCUGAGUGUCCUGAGCGCCUUAUCGCAUGUGAAUUCUGUGAACUGGCAGUGCCACUCAGUCACCUGGAAGAGCAUGAGACCAGCUGUGGCAGCCAGACAGUGUCCUCCCUCACCCGUCAGCAGCCUGUCCUCCCUGCACAGCUGGCCAGCCAGGAAGCACUCUACAUGGACAAGCCUAAAAAGUCCAAGAAAGUUCUCAGAAAGAAAGUUAGCUGCCCAAAGUGCCCACAAGACAUUCCAGAAGCAAAGUUUUCCCAGCAUUGGGAUGAAUGCCAUAGGUUCAGGGGGCUGAUGAAAUCCUUUGAUGCCUGUCUGCCCAAGAAGCCUGAACAGCCUUCUCCAGUCCUGCAGGAUCCAGAACCAGCUGAGGCACCCAUCGGAGAGAGGGUUGUGCGUCCAAAGAAAGAAAGCCGCUCAUUUAAAACGCCACUGAGCUCCUGGCCUGCCCAGAGCCAGAAGGAAAAAGAGUACGAUGUUCUGAAAGGCUGUGCCCGUUGCCGCAUCCUGCUUCCUCUGCCUGUGCUGCAGCAGCAUGAGGAGAGGAAGCUGGGGCAGCCAAGAGGUGAAACACCUUGUCCAAGAAGGCACAGGUUAGAAGACCACAGGGAAGAAGCCUGAUGUGAAGAAGGGAAUAGAUUGGAUGAGAGGGAGAGUGCUCAAGCCAUCAGCAGCCCCACAUGGCUGCUGCCCCGUGGGCUGGCAGGCCUUGAGCAAACACUUCCUGCUUUGUGGAGAUCUAGAAUACUCACUGCACUUGUGGUUGUCGGGUCAGC